AUGGAGCCAUUUCUGUUCAACACUUUCCACCCCGGGGCCAUCAAACCCACCGGUUGGCUCAAAGACCAGAUUCAACUUUCAGCCGAUGGCCUGGGAGGCAAUCUGAUGGAGUUCUACCGCUACGUGCAGCGGUCCACUUGGCUAGGGGGCGAGUACGAGUACAGUGAACUCCACGAGUCGUCCCCGUACUGGUUCAAUUAUAUCGUACCCCUGGCGUGGUCGCUCGAUGACGACACACUGAAGUCUCAAGCUCGAUACUAUCUGGAUUAUGUUUUGGAUCAUCAAGCGGAUGAUGGCUGGAUUGGACCCGAGACCACCAGACAGACUCGGGGCAUUUGGGCGCGAAGCCUAUUGUUCUUUGGCCUGACGCAAUAUGCCGAGGCCGACCCCACCCAAGAGGCGCGCAUCGUAGAUGCGAUGCAUAAAUUUGCCGUGCUUGUGCACUCCAUGCUGAGCGAUAACUUCACCGGGCUGAUCCAGAAUAAAACUCUCGGAGACAACUUUGACCCUUAUGGUUUCGGCCUCUCGCGCACCCAUGAACUCCCAAUCUCUCUGAUGUGGUUAUAUGACAACCACCCUCGCAAUAAUUCUCAGAUUAUUCUGGAGGCCAUUGAGCUCAUGUUCGAAGGUGGCCGACUUGGGGGUCGUGACUGGACUGCUUUCUUCGUUCCAGGGGUGUUUCCUACCGGAGGCACAGGCUAUGCAGCCAGUGGCUUCACCCACGGUGUGAACCUAGCUGAAGGUUUACGCUACCCGACCGUUCUUUACCGUCUCAAUGGGAACACGAGCCUACUUGCCCAGACACUCACGGCUGUGAACCUGACCGCAACCUACCAAACGUCACUGUCUGGCUCGAUUGUGGGUGACGAGCACAUUGGGGGAUUAAGCCCCCAGAGAGGAUCUGAGUUAUGUAUGGCUGUCGAAUCCAUGUUUUCGUACGCCUUCCUGUACCGCUUCCAUGGGGUGAACGACUUUGCCGAUCGAGCAGAGAGAGCAGCCUUUAAUGCUUUGCCGGUCGGCUUGAGCCCGGACUGGUGGUCGCGCCAAUAUGUCACGCAGACGAAUGAAGUGUGGGCCAAGAACCUCACUGAGAAUCCCUUCUACAAUGUCAACUCCUACUCCCUGACAUACGGUCUUGAGCCAAAUUUUCCUUGCUGUACUGUCAACCACCCACAAGGAUAUCCGAAAUUCGUUACAUCUUCUUACGUCCGAAAGGGGGAUAAAGAUAUUGCCCACGUCCUCCUGGGCCCGACAACCCUAACUACAACCAUCUUGGGCAAGAACCUGAAAAUUAUUUGCGACACAAACUACCCAUUUUCCGAAGACUUAACCUACACAAUCACCUCCGACAUUAGCUUCAACUUUGCAGUCCGUAUCCCAGAGUGGGUAUCCGGACUCGCGACCGCACAGGUUGGCUCUUCGAGCAACAAGAAGCAAAGCCUCUCGCCCGACUCGAAUGGGUUACACUACUUUUCCAUCGGCUUAGGGACCACAACCAUUCAAGUUUCACUCCCCAUGGCGAUCGACAUUGUCCCUCGCAACCAAUCCGUCGCGAUCUAUCACGGUCCGCUGCUGUAUGCGUUGGCCAUUGAGUACAACGAGACCAGCCAGCUGCCUUUGAACUGGUCCAGCCAGCUGCCGCUGGAAUCAGGGGAGAUUGUUCCCAAAGCCAGAGAUCACUAUCUUCUUCCAACCUCGAACUGGCAGUUUGCAAUCGACCCGUCGACCGCUUUAUUUUAUAGGGAGAGCAGCAGCGACGCUCUGGCCAAUCCCAUCUUUGCUAAAGAUGCACCCCCGGUCUCCAUCUCCGUGGAUGCAUACCGGGUCAACUGGCCGACCACGCUGGACGCAGCAGCCCUGCCUCCCAUCCACCCCUCGGUCAAUGCUGCGGAUAAAACGACAAUCAAACUUAUUCCGUUCGGUGCGGCGAAGCUACACAUAGCUCAGUUUCCAGUGGCAAACAUAUCUGCCGCGGCUUAG